GUCCUCUUCCAUUGGAAAGAGGAGAGAAGGCAGCUCGCUCUCGUCCUGCUCUAGUACUCUUGAAUCCACCAGAGUUGCUAGUGCUGCUGCAUUCUGAGUCAUGGUUGAUUCGCUUCCCAGUGUUGUCAGGAUCGAGACCAGAAUCGAGAGCAGGAACUGGGUUGAGAUCGGGAUCGGGUUUGGAGGCAAGAUCGGGAUCAGGGACAGGAUCAGGGUCUUGAACGGGAUCAGGGACGGGAAUCGGGAGUCAGGAGCGGGGUCGAGAUCUGGAUCGGGGCAGGGAAAGGGAGCUGAGUUGGGAUCGGGAACGGGAUCGGGAUUGGUCACGGAGGCUGAUUUGGGAUCGGGGACGGGAACAGGAGCGGGAUCGAGGAUCGGGAAGGAGAGCGAGGACAAGGAUGGGAGUGGAAGAGGGAACGGGAUUAGGAUCGGGAACGGGGGCGGGGAUGAGGACAGGAUCGAUAUCGGGAUCGGGAGCGGAAGGAAGAUCGGGAAAGUGAUCGGGAUCAGGAACGGGAGCUGGGGCGAGAUCGGGAUCAGGAAUGGGAUCGGGUCCAAAUUGGAUGAUUUCCUCAAGCUUGUGGAGGAAAGGUGGCAUGAUCCACAAGAGGCUCAAAAGGCCACUGAUGCGAUCCUAACACUGAGCUCCAUAAAGUUCAGGUGUGAGGCUGCUUUUAGACAUUUGAAGCAUUCCUUAACACACCAUGAGGUCUUGAAACUUCAUGAUCCUGAUAACCCAUUUAUAGUAACCACAGAUGCCAACCAAUAUGGCAUUGGUGUCGUGCUUGCGCAACAGGAGGGGCUAAAGUUGAGGCCAGUCGAGUACCUGUCCAAAAAGAUACCCUCUCAAAAGUUGGCCAAGUUCACCUAUGAGAAGGAGCUCUAUGCGAUCUACAAAUCGUUAACCCACUGGAGGCACUAUCUCCUUGGGAGGUUCUUCUACGUCAGGACUGAUCACCAGCCCCUGAAGUGGAUGAGAACCCAACCGGUGCUCUCCGAUGCGCUGCUGAAACGCUGUAUUGAAGUUAUAGAACAGUAUGACUUCGAGCCCCAGUACAUCAAAGGAGAGUACAACAAAGUUGCUGAUGCGCUGUCAUGUAGGCCGAACUUCCUUGGUGCGCUGAUCACUGAGUUUGGGCUUGUGGACGAUGUUACUCGAUCCUUGGCGGAUGCCUAUCGCGAGGAUCCGUUUAUGGCUGAGAUCAUACGCAGGCUCGAGGCAAAGGACAAAGUGACUUCUGACGAGUUUGUGUUGGUCAAUGGCCUGCUGUUCCUCGAAAAUGCCGGGAAUAAACGUUUGUGUGUACCUAACCGGGAGUCUUUGCGCAGUUUAUUUUUAGGUGAGUGUCAUGACGCCACAGGACAUUUUGGUUAUAAGAAGACUGCAGCCAACUUGCUGCAGCAGUUCUGGUGGCCCACAAUGAGGAGAGACUCCAAGCUGUACGUGGAGACUUGUCAGGUGUGUCAGAGGGACAAGCCACGUACACAAGCCCCUCUUGGGCUUCUCAAGCCCCUUCCGGUACCAGAAAGGCCCAGUGAGAGUCUGUCUAUGGACUUCAUGGACACGCUGGUCAGCAGCAAGAGCGGUAUGCGAUACGUCUAUGUCAUUUUGGAUAGGUUUAGUAAGUAUGCUAGCUCAUGGCUAGGAAGUCAAACAGUACCGGCUCCUGGGGACUCGGUCUACAUUCCACCUGGCGAGAGUAUCUAUCUUGACGUGGUUACACCACAUCUCGAGCUGGUUGUCGUUGAAGGAUCAUUGCUGUUUGAUGACAUGAGGGAUGUCGGUUUGACUGCAAAGUACAUUGUGGUGCGUAAGGGUCUUAUGCAGGUGGGGCUACCUAAUGCUCCCUACACUCAUAAGGCGGUGAUCACCAUGACCUGUGACGUGGACUGCCAAGAGAUUCCAAUCUAUGGCUCUAAAGUCCUGGCGUUGCGUGAUGGGACACUGCAAAUGCAUGGACUACCCAAGAUACCAUCGUGGACUCGCUUAGAUGGCACAGUGUACCCAGGCGAUACUAUGCUGACACUAGCAGAGCCAGUCAAUUGGCAAGAGGGUGAUGAAAUUGCCAUUGCAGCAUCAAAUUUUGAUCACUCUGAGGUUGACACUGUGACCAUUCUAUCGAUAAGAAAUGGGAAAACUGUGACUUUUGAACCUCCUCUCAAGUAUGAGCAUAUUGGAUACAACAUGGUCCUUGAUGGAAAGGUGAUUGACACACGAGCAGAAGUUGCAGUGCUGACAAGAAAUGUUGUGUUCCAAGGAGACGAGGACUCGGAGAAUGAUCUUUUUGGUGGGUCGAUCAUGAUGCACAGUGUCGGUGAUAACAAUUUAACAGCUCAACUCUCCAAUGUUGAAAUAAGAAGGGCGGGUGAGUUAUAGACGCUGACCUCCUUCAAAAGUUUGGGACCUGAUCUCAGCUUCCCAGAGGCAAUCUGGAAGCUCAGAUUCAG